AUGGAUAUCCCUAAUAACGACCACAUUGGCAACAGGCGAGAGCUUGUCAAGGUUAUCUUGAUGCGGCCGGCGCGACUAGGCGUCACAGAGCCCAUUAUCAUACUGGUCUCAAUCUUGAGCGCUUCAGCAUGGGGGAUGAUGUAUCUCUUCACGGAGUCAUUCUCAGUGGUCUAUAGCGAGUUUGGCUGGAGUUCGAGGGCAACCUCGUUACCUUUCAUAGUCCUGUUCCCCGGCAUUCUUGCUAGCGGCUUAGUGCGGUUCUGGGAUCAUCAUCAACUGAACAAAAGGCAGAAGGGAGGAAUAUCUCCCGAACCAGAGGACAAAAUCGGUGGAUUUGCCAUUGCCGCUCCAGCCCUUGCCAUCGGGCUCUGGAUCUUUGGCUGGACCGUUCCCCCUCUUGUCCAUGUGCCGUGGAUCGCGUCGAUGUUCGGCCUGGUGUUGAUUGGUUUUGCGGCGACCGAAUUCUCAUAUACCCUCAGUGGCUACAUCGCCGACGCGUAUACCAUUUACGCUUCGACGGGUCUCGCGGUAGUUUCAUUUCUGCGCGGCAUUGCAUCGGCCUGCAUGCCCCUGUUUGCGUAUCCGAUGUAUUCGGGGCUCAGAUCAAAUGUCGCUACCAGCAUCAUCGCCGCUGUGGCGACCGUAUUCGCCUUUACGCCCUUUCUGUUCCUGAAGUUUGGAAAGCAGCUGAGGCAGAAGAGCCAAUUUGCACGAUACAGUGCGGACGUCAAUGAGCAGCAAGGGGGAAACUGA